AUGACACACUUCUUCCAUAAUCGCCGAAAACCAAAGUCGCUCCCAGCCGACAAGACGGGGACGGCAAAGAGUCGGGCGUGGAUUGAGGAGCGGGGGCGCGACUUCCACCCCGCCUUUGCGGUGGAGAGCGAAUUCGAUGAGCAACAAGAGAAGUACAUUCCCGCCGAGCUGGCGACAAUUAGAGAUCUUGAAACACUUUUAAAGCAUCAUGAUGCCAUCGCGCCUCCGGAGGAGCCAAGAUUCUAUGACUACACAUGGCAGAUGGUUCUGAGGACACUAGAUGAAGCAAAGGAUGUGGCAUCAUCUCGCAAAGACUAUACAUCUACUGCUGUCCAGGGCCUUGGCAUGUUAGCUCCCUUGAAAGAUGCCAUACCUGACGAAUACGGACUGAGUGUUGUCAAGGGGGUGUUGGGACUCACUGCGAAACGAGGAGUAGAGAACCGGGCCAAAAUCUUGGAAGCCUUCGAGACCGUGCCCGAGACUGUUCUGACAAUCCAGACGGCCUAUAACUACUUGAACCCCACAGCGGAUGACGAGGAAUUGUGUAGGGAGUUUUGUAGAACCCUUGUGAGGACAUUACCAGGAUUGCUGGAUGUUUUGUUGAAGAGGCAGCCAUGGUACCGAAAGGUCACAGAGUCCCUCACCCUGAGGAUCCGAGAGACUCUCACGGUCGACCAGGUGCUCUCAGACUGGAACCGUUAUCUCGUAACCAUCAAAGAGCGACUGGAACGCAUGAAAGUCAAGAUCACUGCUGCUACGGCCUACCACAGCAGCGAAUCGCACCGCUUGGGCUUGGAAGCAAAUACCAACAUCCAGACCCUUCACACUGAGCUUCAAGGAGCCCGCAGCGACAUCAAAGACCUUGUAACUGAGGUGAAGAAGCAGGUUGGAGCUGAGUAUCGAGAGGUCUUUGCCUUUCAAAAAGAGCAAUCCGGUGCACAGGCUAUGACAGAGCUACUAUAUGAGUUUAAGGCUCUAUGUAAGGAGUCUCGGGAGCAGUAUGAGGUCCAACAGGGUCAAAUCUUUCUCUUGCAACGCGCCUACUCGGAUCUGGCUCAUGAAAACGAAGCUCUUCAGUCAUCCCUCUCACUCAGCAGCACAAAUUCUCGCGACUCAACAUCUACAACAGUCACCCCAAUCGAACUGCUCGGGAUAUUGGGCGUCUCACCACAUACCGCAGCCCAAGACCUUGAGAUCGUCCUCCAAGAAGGCAGUAGAUUCAAAUCUUCAGACCUCGGCCGUGUGCGAUGGCUUGCCAAAACCGAUGAGUUUACUGAAUGGCUUCGGGUCCCACAAUCAUCACUCCUCCUAGUAGAUGGCCGUCUAGAUACUAACCCAGCAAUAAUGGUCACUCCAAUGUCAAUAUUCGUUUCAACAUUCAUAUACAGCCUGAUCAGCAGUCCCGACUGCCUACCCUUAUUCUUCUUCGCAUCACUACACGACGACCAAGAAGAUCCCGAACUCAGCGGCCCGACAGGGAUGAUGCGAAGUCUCAUCACCCAGCUUCUCUUCAGCGACAAGCUUGCCACGCCAAGCCUGCAAUUUCUGGGUAGAAGGUUCAUCAACGCCUGCGAGAGCAACAACAUAAAAGCGCUCUGUGAGCUAUUCAGACGACUCGUUCUGCAGGUUCCUCCAAAUAUACAAGUCAUCUGCAUCCUGGACGGGACAGCCGCAUAUGAGAAAGACCCAAUGACAGGGGAAGAGAUCGACUAUGUAGCGGCCCUGUUUCAGCGACUCGUCGAGGAUUCGGUGGACGCAGAUUCUGUGCCGUUGAAGGUGCUUUUUACAUUCGCUAAUCAAAGUCUGCAGAUCUCCGAUAGGGUGGAUAUGUAUCCUGAUGUCUGGCGGUAUGCUUCGCUGGCGGCUGGACAUGUGGAUUAUCUGUCUCGGCUGGAUUUUAGACAGGGUUGGAUGGAGUGA